AGGUGUACAGCUGCCACUAAGUCUGUCUCGCCAGAGGACGUAGCCAUGUUGGUUUUACUUUUGCUUACGUUUGGGGCUUUUGGGGUAACAUCAGGCUCAGGACAAUUUGAAGGAACAUCCUUUUUGCUGAGUUACACCCCAGUUCAGACUAAUCCUACAACAGGACUGGAAAGAGGGUAUCUAUAUGUGACGGCCAAUCAUAAUGGCACUAGCUGCAACGUGACAUCUGGCACAAGUUCAAGCACCAUACAGGUUGAUAAUAGCUGGUCCCGUUAUAUAUUACCCGAAACAAACAACGUUAGUACAGCUGGGAUCAAACAGAAAAGUGCAGUUGAAAUUAGUUGUACAGGUUUUGUUCAACUGUAUGUAUUGUUCAAGACAGAAAGUGGUUAUUCAGAAGCUUUUGGUGUCAUGCCGGUGUCAUCACUUUCCACUGAUUACAUCGUGCCUUCUGUGACUCUUAACCCGACUCUGUCCAUAGCUGCAGCCUCUGACAACACGGCCGUGACAGUGCUCUUCUCAUCCAACUGUUUCUUCAGUUAUGAGAACAACAUAUAUGCUAAUAGAGACAACAUUUCAGUAUUGUUAAACAAGCGGGAUGUCUUUCACAUUGCACCCGAUGCCGCCUUCCCAAACGCUAAUGCAAGCAAUCUCUGUGAUUACCAUGGAACACGUGUCCUAAGUACAAGUCCGGUGGCGGUAUUUUCUGGCUCGGGUGUCCUUGGUUAUCCUCAACACCAUGGUGACAAGGUAUUAGACCAAGUACCGCCUGUAAGUUCUCUAGGAAAUGAUUAUGUAAUUCCUCCACUUGAUCACACCGACUCGUAUCAGGUUCGAAUAAUUGCGCCAGUGAGUAACACAUCCAUUACUCUGACUGAUGGCAACAGCAGUUAUUCAUUCUCACUACAAUCUGGACAGACACAUGUCACAGACUAUAAUCCUGAUGCUGUGGUUGUCCUGACAAGUUCACAGCCUAUUAUUGUACAAAGAAUCGCAGGAUCUGAUGCAACUUAUACAGUUUUCUCUUCAAUAGUACCACCCAUCAAUAGAUACGGACAUGCAUAUACAAUUCCAGAUGUCCAAGGUUAUAAUGGCGCCUUCGUCCGUUGCCUGAGUAUUAUAAUAGACAGCAACUGUAUAAAUCAAAUUAGCAUUAACAGUGGCUGGCGGAACAUAUCUGUUCGUGGUCAUCAGUAUUCGGUUACAACAUUACUGGCUCCGGCUUCUCUGAACCAUCUGAAUACUACACCUGAGUGCAGGUUCGUCGUCCAGGUGUAUGGACUCGGGUCAGCUGAAGGCUAUGGAUAUUUUGCUGUCCCAAUAUCAGCUGGUACCUCUAAUGAAAACAAUCUACUGGAUGCGUUUACUUUGGUCUGUGAGACUAACAGCUGGAUGGUGGAAGUGAACAAGGACACAUUUGUGGACAAGUUUGGCAGACACUCGUUCUCAAACAUCUAUAUGUCUACUCAAAUCUGUCAUGGUGUGUCCAGUGGCAAUAGUCUAGUGUUCAACUACACCUACACUGAUUGUAAUACGCAUAUGCAGGAAAAUGACACCGAUUACAUUUUCACGAACUAUCUUGUUGAGUACCACGUCGAUCCUGUAACACACCUCGCUGACGGAGUCCUGUGGCGCUACGAUAUCCAGUGUCUUCGUCCUCGACACGAGGUGGACUUCGUAGCUAUUGCUCCAGUUGACGUCAGCAACGCCAUCCAUGUCCAGUCUUCAAGCAAGGUCAGCGGUCAUCAAGCGGAGAUCAGAUUAUUCACAGAUAGCAGUUUCACCAAUCAGAUGACAGGGGACCGCCUGACUGUAAACGUGGGGGCCCGUGUUUACGUUCAAAUACAAACUAAAGGUACUGCAGGUGUUAAACUGCUGGUCGACAACUGUCACGUUAGUCCUGACAACAAGAGAGAUAACUCGACCAUGGUUUCUCUUAUCCAAGACAGAUGCGAGUCGAAUCAUUUUGUGCACAUCCUGGGAUCUGCCGACAAGGUCACCCGCUUCUAUUUCGACAUGUUCGAGAUUCCACACACGAACGACUUUGUCUACGUUACAUGUGACGUCAGCUUCUGCGAUGUAAUGGAUUUCUCAAACGAGUGUCAACACGGUUGUCUCCAAACAAAGCCAUGAGUCGGACACAGUAUAUUCAUUCUUUUGUUCAAAUGGUUAUGGGUUUCCAAGAGAUUCAAUGAUGACGUUUUAACUCCACUUUCGGUAUUUCAGUUAUAUCACAGCAUGUAGGCUUAAUAUAGAAAAAAAAGUCCAAGUUAUUCUGGUCGUAGACGUUGAGCACAGUAAUGGCGAAUAUGAGCUGUGCCGCUGUGGACAAGUGUGUCAUUGGUACAUGGACACAGUGCCAUGCUUCAUCAAGGUCACUCGGGAUAUACUACUCGUCAAAACAGCUUGUUCAUUUGAGUAUUUAAAAUUGGAAUUAUACGAUAGAUACCUUUUCCUGACCUCCACGUAAACGUCAAGAUCACUGGAGGGUGUAUUAUGGAACAUGGCUCAAAUUUUAGGAAAUUGUGGCAUGAUUAAGAAAACCCUAAGCAUUUUCAAAUCAGUUAUGAAAGAUUAUAACCAACUAGAUACUUGUCAAAUGUCAUAUCCAUGUUUAAGGUUUUUUCACUCAUGAAAUGUCUUGUAAAUAGUUUCUUUUAGAGGGUAUUGUCAAAAUGGUAUCUGUACUUCGUAUUAGCAAUACAACCUAAUUUGCAUCAAAUAAUGUUUUGGAUGAUAAUGAAGUUGAAGGACACUCAGUAUGAAUGAACUGACAAAAAUGUUUGUCUACACUUUGAGUAUUUAUAAUUGAAAUUCAUUGAAACUGAAGACACAUUAGUUUCUAGGGCAGAAUGCUUCAGUAACUGUACUAUGCGCCACAAAUGCUUUCAUUUUUAAUCUUCUGGCAGCUCCACAUUGACAUUGAAUGUCCAGGUCGUCAAUCUGGAAGUGCUUAUAACUUUCUCAUUCGGGUAACUAAAAUCAUGGCACUUUCAGUUUCAAGUUGUACUGCAUGUGGCUUAUGUUCUUCCAAACCGCAAAUCGAAUGAUGUUUCAAACUGGAAGUGCUUUUGACACUGACAUUAAGGUGGGUACCGGCAAGGACCUUUCUGUUUCAAAUUGUACUGCGUUGGUCAUGUGUUUUCCUAAAUGCGGAAGUGAUGCCAUCAAGCUGGCAGUGCUUAGGCAUCGAACUAGUACCUUGUUCUGCAUUAGGUAACAUAAGGAAUCAAAGAUGAAGAUAGAUAUUGUUUGGAUUGGCUGUCGUGUCAGUUUAGUAAGUAACAAUUUCAUGUUUCUUCCGGAAAAUGGUUGGAAUUGGGUAGCUUGUGUUUAUACGUAUAAUGCGAACACGUUUCUAGCUUGAAUACAGAUAGUAAAGGGGUUCAUAAUGUUGCUGUUGGUGUACCUUAAGUCAGAGCGGAUGAUUCAAGCAUUUUUGCUGUUGGUUUACCUUGUUAGCCCUCAGUCACACCGGGAGGCUCCAGCAGUUUUGCUGUUGGUUUAACGGUGUUUGCCUUCAGUCACAACGGGAGACCCCAGAAGUGUUGCUGUUU